AUGGAGUUUAAGCGUACAAACUCGAGUCGCAGUGGGGCGAUGUCGGGGCGCUCGGCGCCACCACGUCUGGCUACAACACCGCUGACACGUACCUCAACGUCCACACGCGCUUCGACACCCGGAAGAGUUAUCACACCACGCAGUCAACGGAACGCGGCAGGUACGACCCCGACGGCGCAGAAGCCGCCACGGCCCACUGGCACGCAAUCAUCGACGCGUGGAACCCCCCCAGGACUUCCCCGCCCUGAGGGUUUUAAACGCAUGGGUACCGGCGUUAGCCUCUCUUCUGCCGCCAACAACAACAACAACAACAACAACAACAGCAGCAUCUCCAGCAUCGGGAACACCACUGGCGGUGGAGCCAGCAGCCAGCUGCCUGUCCGUCACCUUUUGGGAAAAACCGGAGGAAAUGGUCGAGUGAACGUAUAUGCGCGUGUGCGUGCCUCUGCCCCGAAUGAAACCGCAGAAGAUCAGCGGCAGUUGGCUGUACGCAUGAAGGAUAACACCGUUGAUGUUUUGGUGCCGCAAAAAGGUUGUUUCACCUUUACUUUUGACGGAGCUUUUUGGAGCAAUGAAAACGUCAGUGAAAAGCCUUUUUCCGACCAGGAAGAUGUGUUUGAAGUGAUUGGUAAACCUCUGGUUGAGAAUGCAUUGGCUGGGUACAACGCCGCCAUCAUGGCAUACGGACAAACCGGCAGCGGCAAAACAUACACGGCAUUUGGUCCAGUCAGUUCCCUUGGCACCGCAGACGAGGGUCUCAUUCCACGUGUCUGUGAAAUGAUCUUCGCACGUGCGGCAGCUAGCUCGCAGAAAGGCGUAACGUACCGCUUAUGUGCAUCCAUGUUGGAGGUCUACCUUGAGGACGUAUUUGACCUGCUGAAUCAUCGCAAGAUGGUUGCCGUCCGCAAUGACUACAGGGAUAACUCCUUCCAUGUUGUUGGUGCAAAGUACGUUCCUGUCCGAAGCUAUGAGGAAGUCGCCGCUCUGUUGAGGAAGGCAGAACCGCUUCGCACGUUUGCUGCGACCGCCAUUCACGACCGCUCCUCCCGCGCCCACACCCUCUUCCAGCUGGAGGUUCAGACCUCAUUUGAGUCCACAGACAUCGUCCCACGUGCCUCCAAGAUUCUUCUUGCAGAUCUUGCCGGCUCCGAGCGCAUCAAAAUCGCCCAAACAGAGACUGGUAUACCGUUUGAGCAGGCACGCAAUAUCAAUCUUUCACUUCUUGCCUUGGGCUCUUGUAUUGAAGCUGUUGCUACACGAAAAGGAUACAACCAAAAUAUUCCCGAGUUCCGCAACAGUACCCUGACAAAGCUACUCAAGGAGUAUCUUGGUGGCAACAGUGUGUCGGCUAUGGUAGUAACCAUUGCCCCAAGUGCCCGUGACGCCCAUCUCAGUGUACAAACGCUCCGCUUUGCUGAUCGUGCAAAGCAAAUGGCCACACACGCCAAGAUCAACACCGUGACACCUCUUGAUGCCACGGAUGAUGGCAAAGAGAAUAUUGACGGGGAGCUCGGUGACAUGUAUCUAAAGAAAAAAGAAGCACUUUACGCUGAAUAUAAGCUGCAACAUACCAUCGAUCAGUUGCUGAAGAAGAUCGCCAUUCUUGAGGCGCAGCUUAUGGAGGCCACAAAUGAGGAUCUGAUUGCCCGCCUGCAGGAGGAAAUUGAGGGCCUCCAGAAGUCUCUUACAGAGGCUGACACGCAGCUUCAGGAACAGCGGCGUCUCCUCUACCCCAACGAGGUCGUCCUGGAAGAGCAACUCAAGGAGUUGAACACAAGGAUGCAGGAAAUGAAGGAGGAACAUGAGGAAGCCAUGGAAAGCCUCAUGACAGAGGACCUUCGAAAGUACAGCGAGAAAAUGAGAGCAAACGAAUCCAAUUACGGUGAGAGAAUAGCCUCCAUGAUGGAUGCACACAGUAAGGAGGUGUCUCAUUUGCAGCAACUGCUUGAAGAAGCCAAUGCAAAAAUUGAGAAACUCACAGCAUCCUUGGCAGAAACAAACAAGGAGCUUCUUAUAGCCGAUGAACAUCUUGAAGAAAUGCAAACCGCGUUCAAAGAGCUUGAGGAAAUGUCCACGGCCACGGAACUUAAUCUAAAUAACAAGAUCAAUCAGCAGCAGCUAGAAAUUGCGGAUCGUGAAGAGAAAUUGGAAGAGCUGAACACCGUUUUAAAAGAUCUCGAGGAACGCUAUGCAAGUGACGCCCAUGCUGCCGAGGGGAAGCAGGCAGAAAUGCAGGGCCAGAUCGAGCAGCUGGAAGUCGAUGUGGCGGAGCGUGACCAGAAGCUUGAGGAGAUGAUGGCUGCGCAGAAGGACCUUGAGGAUCGCUAUGCAAGCGACGCCCAUGCUGCCGAGGGGAAGCAGGCAGAAAUGCAGGGCCAGAUCGAGCAGCUGGAGGGCCAGAUCGAGCAGCUGGAAGUCGAUGUGGCGGAGCGUGACCAGAAGCUCGAGGAGAUGAUGGCUGCGCAGAAGGACCUUGAGGAACGCUAUGCAAGCGACGCCCAUGCUGCCGAGGGGAGGCAGGCAGAAAUGCAGGGCCAGAUCGAGCAGCUGGAGGGCCAGAUCGAGCAGCUGGAAGUCGAUGUGGCGGAGCGUGACCAGAAGCUCGAGGAGAUGAUGGCUGCGCAGAAGGACCUUGAGGAACGCUAUGCAAGCGACGCCCAUGCUGCCGAAGGGAAGCAGGCAGAAAUGCAGGGCCAGAUCGAGCAGCUGGAGGGCCAGAUCGAGCAGCUGGAAGUCGAUGUGGCGGAGCGUGACCAGAAGCUCGAGGAGAUGAUGGCUGCGCAGAAGGACCUUGAGGAACGCUAUGCAAGCGACGCCCAUGCUGCCGAGGGGAAGCAGGCAGAAAUGCAGGGCCAGAUCGAGCAGCUGGAAGUCGAUGUGGCGGAGCGUGACCAGAAGCUCGAGGAGAUGAUGGCUGCGCAGAAGGACCUUGAGGAACGCUAUGCAAGCGACGCCCAUGCUGCCGAGGGGAAGCAGGCAGAAAUGCAGGGCCAGAUCGAGCAGCUGGAGGGCCAGAUCGAGCAGCUGGAAGUCGAUGUGGCGGAGCGUGACCAGAAGCUCGAGGAGAUGAUGGCUGCGCAGAAGGACCUUGAGGAACGCUAUGCAAGCGACGCCCAUGCUGCCGAGGGGAAGCAGGCAGAAAUGCAGGGUCAGAUUGAGCAGCUGGAAGUCGAUGUGGCGGAGCGUGACCAGAAGCUCGAGGAGAUGAUGGCUGCGCAGAGGGACCUUGAGGAACGCUAUGCAAGCGACGCCCAUGCUGCCGAGGGGAAGCAGGCAGAAAUGCAGGGCCAGAUCGAGCAGCUGGAGGGCCAGAUCGAGCAGCUGGAAGUCGAUGUGGCGGAGCGUGACCAGAAGCUCGAGGAGAUGAUGGCUGCGCAGAAGGACCUUGAGGAACGCUAUGCAAGCGACGCCCAUGCUGCCGAGGGGAAGCAGGCAGAAAUGCAGGGCCAGAUUGAGCAGCUGGAGGAGAGAGCUGCGCAGAGGGACGAGGAACGCUAUGCAAGCGACGCCCAUGCUGCGAGGGGAAGCAGGCAGAAAUGCAGGGCCAGAUCGAGCAGCUGGAGGGCCAGAUUGAGCAGCUGGAAGUCGAUGUGGCGGAGCGUGACCAGAAGCUCGAGGAGAUGA